CCACCAAUGAUCCUGUUUCCACUGGAGUAUAAAGGGGCAACCCCCCGAGGCUAACGACAGAGGGGCCUUGAUUUUCAGCAGAAAGAUGAAACUGAUUAUCCUCAACGACUACAACCAGGCCAGUGAGUGGGCUGCCAAGUACAUCAAAAACAGGAUUUUACUUUUUCGGCCCGGCCCAGACAGACUCUUCACACUGGGGCUCCCCACAGGCAGCACGCCUUUGGGUUGUUACAAGAAACUGAUCGAGUACUGCAAGAAUGGAGAACUUUCAUUCAAGUAUGUAAAGACUUUCAACAUGGAUGAAUAUGUAGGACUACCCAGGGAUCACCCAGAGAGUUUCCACUCCUUCAUGUGGAAUAACUUCUUCAAGCACAUAGAUAUUGUCCCAGAAAACACCCACAUCCUGGAUGGCAACGCUGCUGACCUGGUAAAAGAGUGCAAUGCAUUUGAGGAGAAGAUUAGUGCUGCAGGAGGAAUCGAGCUGUUUGUUGGAGGUAUUGGACCUGAUGGCCAUAUUGCCUUUAACGAGCCUGGUUCAAGCUUGGUUUCCAGGACCAGGGUUAAGACCCUGGCAAAGGACACGAUUUUGGCAAACGCCCAGUACUUUAAUGGAGAUUGGUCUAAGGUGCCUAAGAUGGCUCUGACUGUCGGAGUGGGCACUGUCAUGGAUGCUAAAGAGGUAAUGAUUCUGAUCACCGGAGCACACAAGGCUUUUGCUCUGUACAAAGCCAUAGAAGAAGGCGUCAAUCACAUGUGGACGGUGUCUGCCUUCCAGCAGCAUCCACAGACAGUUUUUGUCUGUGAUGAAGAUGCAACACUGGAGCUGCGGGUCAAAACUGUCAAGUACUUCAAAGAUCUCAUGCUUGUACACAACAAGCUGGUGGAGCCACUCACAUAAGACUUGAUGAGAAAACCGAUCUACACUGGAUUUGUUGUAUUGUUGUUGUUUUUUUUUCUGCACUAAAAUGUUUAAAUGAUCCUUAUAUGUCGGAGAUCGAACAAAAAAGAUAUAUUUUUGAAGCUUAAAAAAACUGAGGUUAGAAACAGUAAGAUAAUUUAAAAUAUUGAUUUUCACAGCAGGCUGCGGUUCUAUUUCUCAGGAAGAUUGUAUAUAGCUAUAUGAAUUUAUUUCUCCUGUUCCUUCACAUACUAGGGUUACUAGUUUUGAAACAAGACGGAAAUCUUGUUCGGAAAGUUUUGCACAAAAGGGGAAAGGUCACGUGUUAACACUGGAAAUCAUAUUAUUUAACAGCUGCAACACAAUCAUAAUCUAAGUUUAUUGUAAAAUAAUACAUUAAAUUGUUUUAUUUUUCACUACAGUUUAUAUAUUUUUUGCCGUGGCAUUUUUUUUAAUGUUGUAAUACACAAAUCUCUUCUAAUACAUAAAAAGACGAACUUUUGUUCUGUGUCGUUUCAUAAUGUCUUGUAUUUCAUGUAACUGAUUAUUGCCAUUAAAAAACGAAUUGAAAAGUAACAUUCGGUUGAUGGAAAUUAAUGAACCCAAUUAAAGUGAAAUACUACUGCCUUUCCUCCUGACUGUCUUGUAAUUCGGUUAUUUUGUAUGUAUGUGUUAAAAGUCUACAGAGACUUCAUAGGGAAAUCAAAAAAUAAUUAAUGAAAAUUGGAAAUCGGGAAACAGCUGAAUUGAAACAAACGAAAAAAAAAUAGUAAAAAAAAUAUAAAAAAAAUAAUAAAUAG